AUGUAUGCUUUAAGAAAGGGGUCCAAGACAUCCCGCUUGAGAGGGAUUGAUGAGUUCCUAUCCAUCAAAAAUCAGCCGGCUGGACAGGAAGAGGAACAAAGAGCUGAGCCUGUUCCGGCGGAAGAGCAACAAGCGGUUGAUCCCCCCAUGACCAGAGCAGCUGGGAAGAGAAAACUCUCAGCGGAUGAAGCCGGCAAAUACGAUAAACAGAUUCGUCGGAAGUUGCUGGUUGAUUCGCCUCCCCCCAAAGGCCAACAAAAAUCUAAGUUGAUGGCUGAUGCCAUCAGAGCUGCUGAAGAUGAAGAACAACAGGAAUCUUCUAUUGCGGGCUUGCCACAUAAAACUGGGCUUUGUUCUCAUGGCCCAGCCCUAUCGAGCGAUGCUUCUUCUUACCAUCCCCCCCAAGAUGAAGAGGAUGAGUUAAUGGCUGCAGAUGCAGAAUCUACUCCGGUGAUAGACCUUCCUAAGUCUCCUGCAUUAGAACCAGGGGGUCUCGAAGAGAAUCCAUCCCCUUCUCCUUCAGCCUUAAUGUCACAAGCUCAUGAUUCAAUUCCUAGUCCUACAACGGGACUUAUGAAUAAACCAGCUAUUGGCACAGAUCUUCCGGAACCUUCAGCUGCUCAGGAUGAUGAGGAGCGAGUUUAUUAUGACGGCUCCUUAACUAGUGAUGCAGCUGACGAAGAUAGAGAUGAUGAGGAUGCUGGCGUUGGCAACAUGCCAGGUGAUGACGCGGGGGAAGAAGAGCAUAAUUCUAUGGAUGACAUAACCAUUUUUGAUGAUGCUCCCAAAGUCCCAUCCGAUAAAGCAUCUGGCUAUACUCCUUUUCACAUCUCCGGUAAGCCUAGUUUUCUUCGAAUUCUUCCGCAUGUUCUUUCCGCGUUCCGACCCUUUUUUCGUGCAGGUUCGCCUCCUUCCAAGACUACUGCUGCUACUACUUCAAAGCAGGAUCCAGCGCAAGUAUCGGCUCCUUCACAAGAGCAACAUUUACCUGGAUCACCUACGGCAACUGCUUCACCUGUAGCAUUGCCUGAAACUACUGAUGCGACCCCUUCUCUGGAACAACAGCUCAUGCCGGUGUCAGCUCCCGCACAAGAGCAGCCUCUGCCUGCUUCGCAAGAGCAGCCUCUGCCUGCUUCGUCUUCGGCAGCUGCCUCACCUGCCGCGUUGAUGAAGAUCUCACUUACACCAACAGAGGCGAGGCCCAGCACGUCUCAGGCAAGGGCAAUGAUGGCUUUGACCUCGAGCCCAUCACAAUUGAAUGUUUCUACUGCCUCUGCAGCUUCAGCACCUGGCUCCCCUGCACCAAUUUCAAUGGCUCUGGGAGCAUCUUCAAGUCUCGCGGGCGCACCUGAGUUCUUUCAAAUCUCUUUGGUGUACUUGAAUAGCCUCGCCAAGAAGGUGAUUGAAUAUGUGGUGGGUGGUCAGGGCACUUUUAAUUCUUUUCGACAUCUUCUAGAAGCAGGCUUAAACGGAGUCAGAAGUGUGGGAAACACUCCGUGGUUCGAGCGCUGUUCUGAGAUUAUUCUAGGCCUUGGGUCGCAGAGAGCUUCAGCCACAAAUUGUGUCUACUUUGGCCAGUCUUCAGGUUGCAGAAGUGGCUCGCCGGGAGGCGAUAGAACGGGACUUGACUGA